UGAAAGUUGCAGAGGAUGACACGACCCGUGGACUGAUGGUACACUUAACUUUGAUAUUGCCACUUAUCAUAUUUGAUUGAUACAUGAAGUAGACGUUAUGAGCCAGGUUGAGGUUGGGCCAGACAAGAAGGCCCACGCUAUACUACUGAGGAAAAGCUCCUCAAAUAAAAUGGCUCUCAAGGAAAAAGUUGUCCAGAUCUACGAGGUCUUUUUUCAGGGAGAGGACCCAUCAGCCGGUAACAGCAAUUUCUGGGAUGAGUUUUUUCUUCUGAAGGUGAACAUUGCUUACAUAGAAAAUGAGUUCGAGAAGAUGUCUGGAGAAGCCUUGCUUGUUUUAAAGGAUAAUUUAAAUAUGUUGUUUUAUCGGGCAGUUGAAACGCUGAAAGAAGAAAAUCCUAUUCGUGUUGUGAAUGCUUUAUAUACCCUCAGUGCUUUGAUCAAUGGCAUUUUCAAGAAAAACCUCGGAGACUUUGGGUUUGAUGUAAUUAACCUGUUAAUUGGCUUUGAUUCUGCUGAAAGUGUUAUGCAGUGUCUUGUGGAGAGUUUGAACGCCAUUCUUACGGGAGAAUAUUCAAUCUCACUGAAACAACAAGUUCUGAAAUUCCUACAAGUCCUCGCGACGGCGGCGGACAAUGUGAGUCAAAACACACUUUUAGAGUACAUCCUCAUCAAUAGUGUGUUUGAAUCGCUGCUACAAAUCCUGAGUAAUUCCAUAUCGAGACAAAUCCUCGGCCACGACGCUGUUCUGCUACUUACUCUACUGGUGCAGUACAGGAAAUAUGAGUCGGCCAACCAGUACAUAGUAAAGCUCUCCAUUGUUGAUGAUGAGUUGGCUCUCACGGGUUAUGCACAAGUCGUCCACAGUGCUCUGUCAGAUUUCAACAACAAGUUCAGAAACAGGAACGCAGAACAACAGAAUGGCUGGUUCUCAGCUCUGGCCUCAAUGGUUGGAAAUAUGUUUGUAGCAGAUGAAAAACAAAUCUCAGGAGUAAGAGCUGACGAUGCUGUUCUCUUGUCCUUAUAUGAAGCCAUUCACCUCAACAGAAACUUCAUCACAGCCCUUACACAUACUCACACUCCAUCAACGCCCACCACACCCCCGUCCUCUCCCACGCUGUCACAGAGUACACCUCCCCUGGAAAAAGCAUCGCCAGCAGAUGUAGCUGUGAUAGAAACAGUUAGUCAGCCAACAAACCUGCUGGUUACCUUCCUCGAGUAUGCCUCCGUUGUCAUGCAAGACACCAAAGACACCACCCGAUACAGCAAUGCCAAACUGUGUUUAGUUAUUCUCACGUGUAUAGCCGAGGAUCAGUAUGCCAACUCCUUAAUGCAUGAUGUCAACAUGAACUUCAGAGUGAACCUUCAUCGAAUGCCUAUGAGACAUAGGAAAGUGAAAGUAGCCAACAACAUCCCAUCCAGACCUUUAGUAUGUGCACUUCUAGAUUUAAUGGUAGAAUUUACAAUGAGUCAUAUGAUGAAAAAUUUUCCAAUUGAGCUGUACCUUCGAUGCCUAGGUAUCACACAGCGAGUCUUGUGUUAUCAGAAGAAAUGUCGGGUGAGACUCCAGUAUCCUUGGAAAGAGUUGUGGACAGCUCUGAUCAAUCUGCUGAAGUUUGUUCUGUCACAUGAGUCUCUCCUGGUGAAGAAACAUACCAACAUAUUCCAUUUAGCUUCAAAGGUUGUGAAUAUCUUCAACUUGUUCAUUACGUAUGGAGACACAUUUCUGCCAAACCCAACAAGUUACGACGAGCUCUACUACGAGAUUGUGCGAAUGCACCAGGUGUUUGACAACUUAUACUCCAUGGCACUGCGAUACACAACGAGUGAGGGAGGCGACAGUAAAGAUCUGGCGGCCAGGCUGACAAACCACCUCCUUAAUAUCAGAGCGAUAAUCAACCACUUUACACCAAAAGUAGAUGCCUGGGCGGCGGAUAAUCAACUCGCUUCUCUGACUGAGGAACAGGUUCUGGAGGUUGUGAAGAGCAACUAUGACUCGCUGACGCUAAAACUACAAGAUAGUCUCGACCAGUUUGAACGCUAUUCGGAAAAACCAAGGGAAAACUCCUUCUUUACUCAACUGGUGCGGUCAAUUGUUCUGGACGUAAGGAAGACUACUGGACAUUAUUUGACCGUCAAACAGCAUGAUGUCUUACAAGAUGUGGUGGCCCUGUCCGAGUAAUGACCUUGGGUUUCUGUGACCUUGUAUUGACCUUGUGUCUCUGUGACCUUGACAUUCCAAUGCUCUCUGCUGUUAUAUUAGCAUAAUAACAAUGUAACCAACAUUCGUCUUUCAUCAGGUUUUCUAUAUGUAAUUUAUUUAGUCCAAGAUACAGAAUUGUACUAUGAUAAAAAAAAAGAGUUUUAUUACUUUUAGAAUUUAGUAAAUUGCAAUAUUAGAAAUUAGUAUUCAUUUCUCAAGUCCAGUGACCCAAAACCAAAACUUUGACACAAAAAAUAGAAUGCUUGGGUAGUUGUAGGACAAGGAAAUAGCAUUUGUUAGUUUGUUUGGGUGAAAUUUAGUGGACAUUGGCGGGCUCAUUACCUGCAAUGAGCUUAUUGCUGGAUAGAUAGGUUAAAAAACAGUAUGAACUUUUCUUCAAAUGUAGUGGAAUCAAAUGAAAAAGGACAUCAGAGAAUAUAAUAGACAGUAUGAUAGAAACUUUGAGGGAAGGGGUAGAGGAGGGGGGUAUUAAGGCAAAAUGUAGUAUAUAGAUAUUUAUUUAUAUAGAACAUGUGCUCUGAUUGGUUACAGCGAUAUACAAAGGAAGCAGUUCUGGAUGACCGAGCAGCAAUCUGUUUUUGUCUCGUCUUGUGUAUGUAUGGAGCAGAGAUGGGCACGAAUGUCAAACUGUCUUGAGUGCAAUACCUGUACUGUAUAUACAGUGUUAUUAUUUGCCAAAAUAGUGUAAAUAUGGAUGUAUAGAUAUGUAUUAAUAGAUUUGGUACUAAGUUAUUCAUGUAUAUUUAUUUGUGUAUAUGAUAUUUAAUAAAUGUUCUUUAAUAUAUUCUACUACAACUUAAUCUGUUUUAGGUGAAAGAAUUUAUUGUUUAUUUUCAAGGCUCAAUUAAUGUCUAUCGAGAUUUGAUAUCCAGAAGCUUUUUUAGCUAAAGGAAUACAAGUUAAAAUUUUCAAUUAAUGUCAAAUGUGUUUUAAAAUGUGAAAUAAGGUAAAUAUUUCACGAUAUAAGAAAGCAUAUACCCAGUAAUAUUCAGAAAUCUAAAAUAAUUUCAGAUAGAGAAAAACAUAUAGUAAUUCACUUUGAUAUCGGAUUAACAACUGUUUUUGUUGCCGGAUAAACAAAAAAAAUCAAUACCCCCCCCCAGACUGAAACAUAUUUGGUGAAUUUGAGUAUUUUUCACAACUUAAGUUGUUUGUUUACUGGUUCCAAGCAUUGCCUCAUCGGAGGGUCCCUUAUAUAAAGUGCAGCUUGAGUACAUUUUGUUUGGUGCUGAAUUACCUAUUCACAUGUAGUCCCAGUAAAAUUAGGCUUCGAUCACAUUUGUAUGGUUUUUACACUCCAUAGAUACUGAUCAUUAUAGAUGUAUAUACUUUGUGUAAAUAUAAUGGGUGUAUGCAUGGUUUGCAUGAAUACAAUUAAUCUAUAUGUAAAUUAUUAAAAUUCAUGGGCUAUUGUUUUAGUUCAAAAUGCAGUAUGUUGUAAACUUACUGUACACAACUGUGACCACAGUAUUACGGUAUAUAGGAUUUUCUAUCAAUUAUCCACUGAAGGUUAUAAGGGUAUGUGUUAAAGAUGUUUGGGUGAUGAUAUGUUAAUAUUUAAAUGUUUAAGAUAUUUGUUGUGUUUUGUAUGAACUAGUUUUUUCCCUUAAAUCUUGUAUCCUUCCAGAAUGAGAGAUAAUUUAUUGGCAUGGUUAGAUUUUGUGAAAUGCUAAUUGAAUAUGACUUGCUCCUGGUUCCGAUAUACUGAAUAUUAGUGUUUGUGUGGGAAUAUUUUUUAGAUUUGAAGAUCAAGGUCAAAUCUUUCCUUUAAAACUGAAAAUUGUUUUCUAUUAAAUUACUCUUAAGUAUUUUGUGUCUAAUGAAAACAACAUAAGCAUUUGAAAAAUAAAUUAUUUUAUUGCCAAGUAUUGUCAAAGACUUAACUACCAACUGAUUUGAAUUGAUUGAAUAACAAAGAUUUACUGAUAAUUUAUGUGUAAAAUUAGAGUAAAAUAAUGCAGUACUAGUCAUGUUUGUUUGACUACCCAGUUAUUUCCCAUGCAUGUAUUUAACUACCUAGUUAUUUCCCAUGCAUGUAUUUAACUACCUAGUUAUCUCCCAUGCAUGUAUUUAACUACCUAGUUAUCUCCAUAUAUUACAUGUAUUUAACUAAGUAGUUAUCUCCCUUGUAUAUGUUUGUAACUUCCUCUGUACCAUGUAAUUGGCUUUAUAAGGCCAUUUUCGUUUUUGUGGUCCAAACGGUUAGUCCAGUUGGACCGAUGUUGUUCAUUUAUGAAAUAAAGACGGGACCUAGUGAUUUUAUAUUGUUUUCAGACGAGUCUUGACAAAGACUUGCCAGGCCUGUAUUAACAUGUUCAGGUCCGUCAAGAUGUAUGUUUGAAAUAUUACAUUUAAAAACUGUCGAACCGAUUUGUCUGCAUCAACGGACAGGCCCCAUGUUUGUAACUUCCAAGUUAUCUCCCUUCUAUAACUACCAUAUUUACCUCCCUUUGUGAAAAUCCUUAUGAAUACAAAAACUAUGGUAUCUUAUGUCGGAAAAAAGAACGUCUAGUGGAAUUAUCCAUCAGAUGCUUAGAAAUAAACGUUUAAAACUUGU